AUGGUGAGCGACAGCGCGUUCGCUGAAGCAGGCAAAAAGGCGGGACUGGAAGCCUGGCGCAUCGAGAACCUUAAGCCUGUGUCCGUGCCAAGCACUAGCUUGCACAAGCUGUACAGCGGUGACAGCUAUCUUUUUCUUAAAACCAGUGAGACAACAACUGGUUUGACAUGGAAUAUUCAUUUCUGGCUGGGCAAAGAUACGUCUACAGACGAAAGUGGGAUAGCCGCAUACAAGACAGUGGAGCUUGACGAUGCGCUGGGCGGCGUGCCCGUCGAGCACCGUGAGUGUCAGGGCUAUGAGUCGGCGCUAUUCUUGUCCUACUUUAAAGCCACCGGUUUGGAAUACCUCGAUGGUGGAAUGGCGAGUGGCUUCAAUGAGAUUAAACGAGACGAAUAUGCGACGUGUUUGUAUCGAAUCAAGGGUAAACGCACGGUUCGUGUUGAGCAAGUGCCGUUGAAGACCUCAUCACUUAGUGUUGACGAUGCGUACGUGCUUGACGCUGGCCUGGAGCUUUACCUGUACGCUGGUAAAGAAGCCAAUCGCUUGGAGAAGGCGAAAGCUUUAGAGUUUAUUACUAAAACCAGAGAAGCUCGUGGGGGUCGUCCUACUGUCACGCUUAUGGACGAGGAACCUGAGACUCCUGGCUUUUGGAAAGCUCUCGGUGGCUUUGAACCGGUGACACGCUCAAUUGAGACGGAUGAAGAGCAUGAAAUUGCUGUCAGGAAAAACACGACGAUCUUUCGAAUAAGUGGAUCAAUUGACGACAAUUUGAUGGUUACAGAUGUGACGCCACCUUCGGAAGUGUUGACCAAAGACAUUUUAAAGAGUGAAGAUGUGUUUCUCAUUGAUGUUGGCAUCGAAAUUUUUGUUUGGGUAGGCAAAAUGGCGUCUCAUAGUGAGCGUACGAAUGCUUUGACGAUUGCAGUCCAGUACUUAAAGAAAGAAGGUCGUCCGCCACACACACCUAUUACACGAGUUGUUGAGGACGGCGAGACGCCACUGUUUACUGCGCUGUUUAAAGCAUGGACUGAGCCAAAGGUGCUUGAGUUUGGCUACCAAUCGAGUCAGGGUGUCGCGAAAAUGCAAAAUGACAAAUCUGUUGACGUAAAUACGUUAGUGAAGACUACUGUAAAGUCUGAAGAAGACAUUGGUUUGGAUCCAUAUGGGGACGGAAAGCACGAUGUUACGGUUUGGCGUAUCGAAAAGCUUGAGAUGGUCGAAGUGGCGAAAGAACAAUAUGGCCAAUUCUUUGAUGGUGAUAGCUACAUUAUUUUGCAUGAGGUGACGCCCUCGAGCGGCAAGCCUACGCAGGUGAUAUACAUCUGGCAGGGACGUUCGUCCUCAACCGAUGAAAAAGCAGCUUCGGCUCUGUUGACCACAUUUUUGGAUAAAAGUAUGCAUGGUUCACCCAUUCAAGUCCGUGUGACUCAAGGCAAGGAACCGGGACAUUUUCGUGCACUUUUCAAUGGGACGAUGAUCGUGCACGCUGGUGGUAAGGCUAGUGCUUUUACAAAUCGUGACGAAGAGGAUUCGUAUGAUACGGACGGCGUUUCGUUGUACCAGAUAAAGGGAACUAAUGAGAAAAAUACUGCUGCCGUCCAAGUGGAUGAGAAGACGUCGAGUCUUACAUCUGGAGACUGCUUUAUCCUUGUGACGCCUAAAACGGUGUACGGGUGGCACGGUUGUGGUAGUACCUCUGUAGAGCGCGAGAUUGCAUUGAAGAUUUCGUCAAUUUUCAAAAAGGAACGCGAUAUUGAAGUUUUCCAAGAAGGAGACGAAUUCGAUGAGUUCUGGAACUUUCUUGGUGGCAAGGGCGAGUACGCGAAAAUCAAAUCGUCAUUUGAAGCCCCUCACGAGCCUCGUCUGUUUCAGUGCUCGAACACAUACGGAUACUUUGACGCGCGUGAGAUUUUAAACUUUGCCCAAGACGAUCUAAACCCAGACGACGUCUUUCUCUUGGAUACUUAUACAACGAUCUAUGUGUGGAUUGGUGCUGGUGCGAACGAGCCAGAGAGACGCGAGGCCAUGAGUCUUGCUCAAAAGUAUCUGGCCGUUGUCAAAGGGGAUGGUCGGGAUGCUGGCACACCCAUUGUGGCUGUGCAUUGCAAUAGCGAGCCACUCAUGUUUAAAAGCAACUUUAUAGCUUGGGAUAACGGCUACUUUUCAAAAAGUGAAUUUUUGGACCCUUACAAGACUCGCCUUCAAAAGCUGAAAGAAGAGAAAGAGAGAAACUCCACCGAGAAUUCCAAUGCAAUUGUGAAACAAGACAUUCAAGAAGAGGAGCCACAGAGUGUAUUGAAUGCUCCUCUAUCAUCAUCCAUUCCAAUAGCUGCAAGAGCAAUUCCUGUUUUACCGACGGAGCUUCCAAAUCCUAAGGUCACCACUGCAUCGCCGGAAACCGUCACUACAUCACUAGAAGACGCCGGGGUAUCUGCCGAGGCCUCAGUUCCUGUGAAAAAUGCUCCAGCUUCUGUUUUAAAAUCCGCAACUCCUGCUCCAUCUCCUGCUCCAACUUCUGCUAAAGCCACUGGUAUGGCUGGAGAAACAUUUACAUACGAGCAGCUGAAGGCUGGCGUCGAGGGUAUUGACAUUACCCGAAAAGAAACUUAUCUCUCGGAUGCAGAAUUUCAAAGCUUGAUGGAAAUGAGCAAAUCUGAUUUUGAAAUGCUUCCAAAGUGGAAGCAGCAGGCAAAGAAGAAAGAGGUCGAGCUUUUUUAA